GGGUAGUGCUGCGAAAUGCCUGUUGGGUACGUCCAGAUUUCGGUGGGGAUCGCGGGUCCGUUGUUGCUCGAUGGGUUCGAGUAUUCGGUGCCGAUGGCGACUAUGGAGGGUUGUUUGAUUGCGAAUACAAAUAGAGGUUGCAAGGCUAUCCAUUUGUCUGGUGGGGCUACCAGCGUGUUGUUAAGGGACGGCAUGACCAGAGCACUGGUUGUGAGGUUUAAUUCCGCCAAGAGAGCUUCCGAGUUGAAGUUCUUCUUGGAGGACCCUGAAAAUUUCAAGACACUUUCCAUCAUCUUUAACAGGUCUAGUAGAUUUGCCAGGCUCCAGGGUAUUCAGUGCGCGAUUGCUGGAAAGAAUGUGUAUAUCAGAUUUACCUGCAGCACGGGAGACGCCAUGGGGAUGAACAUGGUUUCAAAAGGAGUUCAGAAUGUUCUUGAUUUCCUUCAAAACGACUUUGAUGACAUGGAUGUUAUUGGCAUAUCUGAACAAUCCAGCUGGAAUGAAGAACUGACUUUCUCCCUCAAAGAACCUAAUGGAGUUUUGAAUUUGGAAGUGUUUGAUAAAGACCUCUUGAAGACAGAUGACAAAAUGGGACAUGCACAACUCAGCCUUCAACCACUUGUCUCUGCUGCUAGACUCAGGCAGAUUCUGCAGAACUUCAAUGGCGAGACGGUGUUAAGGAAGGUUGUCCCAGAUAGUGACAACUGUUUGGUCAGAGAAAGCUCCAUCACUUGUGUCAAUGUUUGAUGCUGCAAAAUUAAGAAAGCUAAGACCAAGUUUCAAGCAGAACGAGGGCUCUGUUACUGCUGGCAAUGCUUCAAUCAUAAGUGAUGGUGCAGCUGCAUUAGUCCUAGUGAGUGGAGAGAAGGAACUUCAACUUGGAUUGUAAGUAAUUGCAAAGAUUAAGGGCU